AUGUAUUUCUUCACCGCAUCCUUUUUAAACAAAACUUCAUUGUUUGUGAGUGUCAAUUCCACUAAUGACUAUGUGGCCACUGCUAAUAACGAUGGAAACAUCAAGAUCCGGUCGAUGUCACAGUUUACUCACUUAAUUCCAAACAAAAGUUUGGAGGAGGAGGAGGAGGAGAAGGAGAAGGAGAAGGAGAAUUUGGCUAAGAAUCCUGAUGGUGAUGAUGUUGAUAGGACAAAAGAAAUUAGUUCCAUUAUUGAUCUCGACAAAGAGUCAGUCGAUAACAAUUCACCAUCUUCAUCUCACAUCGACAAACAGAAGUUGACUGUGCCAACUAGAAAGACUCACAAAUCACCUACCAUUGACCAGUCAAAGCUUGAAUUAGCACAGCAUCCUGUUAAUAUUAUUGGUGUGAGGAGCCGAAGCAAGAUUACCUCUCUGAAGUAUGCCAAUUUGAAGUCCCAUUCAAAUCUGUUGGCUGCAGUUUAUAAGAAUGGUGAGGUUUAUAUGGUGAGCGAUCCUCAGAAUUCCGCAAAAUGUGCCGUGCGACAGAUCUUCAAGCAUGUGAAUGGCUUGAUUUUGGACUUUAGUUGGUCUGCCGAUGACCAACUUCUAGCCUUUAGUUCGAUGAAUGAUGAGGUCAUCAUAUAUGAUGUUAUUUAUUCACGAAUCAUCUCCGUUUUACAUCUUCAUGAGAUUAAAGGUAAUGGAACCACCAAUAUAUCAUCUUCAGCUGCAUUUGGCUCUAAUGUUCCUGUUAAAGGAAUCUCUUUUGAUAAUACUUCCGGAAAGUAUCUUCUAACUUUAGGAGAUGAUAAGUUGGUCAAUAUAUUAGAGUACUCGUUGGUACCAGAUGAUUUAGAAGGUCGCAAAUUCGAAUAUAAUAUUACACAGAGAUUCAGCAAGCUUAUAAAUAGCUCCAAGUUGAAUAAAGCUACCAUUAGAAAAGUCAGUUGGUCUAAAGACGAUAGAACUAUCUCUGUUCCAAAUGCUUCCAAGAGCAAGACUUCAAUUAUAUCGGUGUUAUUCAAUGAUACGCCCAAUUUUGGCGCUACAUGGGACAAGUGGCAUUCUUUUACCGGCCAUGGAUUUAAGUCUACAAUGACACAAUUUUCUCCAUGUACAUAUAGAAAGGAAGGUAGUGAUCCCGUAUUUACCUACGUUCUUGCCACUGCAUCCCCUGAUUCUAGUAUUGCUAUAUGGAAGACCAGUGAGGAUAGACCCUUAUUCAUGAUCAAUGAAAUAAGCCCACAACCUAUCCAAGAUAUAUGUUGGAGUCAGAAUGGUCGAUUACUUUUCCUAACCACGUCUUCCGGUCAUAUGAUACUUGUGGUGUUUGACGAGGGAGAAUUAGGUGAAGUUGUGCCCGAAUCGGAAUGUAUCAAAAACGAUAUUAAUUCUGGAGCCUCUAAAGCAGCUCCAGAGAUAUUGGAGACAUUCGACAAGUGGAUGAGGAAGGAGAAAGACACUAGACCACAAUUGAAACUGGCUCCCAAGCUUAAGACCCCUAAAACUAUUGUGAAGAACGAGGGAAAGAGUAAAUUACAAUCUGCUAUCCCUGGAGGUACCGCUUCCGCAGACGCUACAGACACUUCUGUUGACAACACAGAGAAAGAUAAGCCUAUAGAUCAGACGAAAAAUGGAAAGAAACGGUCUCAUAGUGCAGUAUUAUCUGAAAACCACAAAUCUGGUUUAAACUCUAACAACAGUUUGAAGAAGCCUUCAGGGCCAACCUCGGACUUUGUUGGUCCAUCCACUUCUGUUCCCAAAAGCUUAGCUCAUAGAAUAUCCAAGGGAAAUCAGCUGGAUGGAGCACCAAGAAAAAAAAGGGAGUUAGAAUCAGUUGAAUUUGCUGGCUCAGUUGCCAUAAAUCCACAAAUAUCAUUUAGCAAUAUUCGUAUAGCUGUUCCAAAGGUACGAGCACACAUAAAUUACAGUUUACUAGAAGAUAGCAGCAUGUGUCUAGAGGUGACAAACGGAAACGGUCACGAGUCGUAUCCUUCUAGAAUUGCACUUCUGAAACGGUUCCCAUCAGAUUCUACCAAAGAGGUUUUUGUUGAUUUUAUUCCUCACAGGGUGCACAUUAUCACUGGCUCAGGAACUUACUGGGCUAUAUCGACCACUAAUGGUCAGAUUAUCACUUAUACGAAUUCGGGAAGACGCGUUCUACCAACAAUGAUCUUGGGAUCACCUCUUUCGUUUCUUGAAAUGAAAGAUCAGUUUCUCAUGGCUGUCACUUCUGUAGGAGAGAUGUAUGCUUGGGAUCUUCGAAGGCACAAGGCCCUUUUCAGACCUACGUCACUUUAUCCCUUGCUUCAACCUAUUUACCGUGCUGGUGGACCCAACGAUUCCUUGGCUAGCGGUAACCAAGGCAGUAAUAAUGGAUCGAAUGGAACUGGCACUGGCGGUGCUGCUUCUGGAAAUACACAGGGCACUACAUCUAUAGACAAAAAUGGAAUAGUCUUUGUUAACGGCGACUUGCUAACUCGUUCCGAGAAUUUAACCAUGUGCUCAAUUACUUCUACCGGACUUCCCAUAGUGACACUAAGCAACGGUAAUGGCUAUCUAUACGAUAGUGACAUGGGUACAUGGUCUUUGGUGAGUGAUUCGUGGUGGGCCUUUGGAUCUCAAUACUGGGACUCUACUCAGACUCUCACCUCAUCGACGUCUUCAACUACUGAAGACAGUUCGUUGUUAAAUUAUCUUGAGAUACACACCAACGAAGAGAUUGUUCGCAGAGGUAAGGCCAAGUUCUUUAGCAAAAUAUCGAAGGUGAUGCUCAUGAAGGAGGGAUUUGAGAAUUUGGAAACUGUAAUUUCGUUGAAUCAUCUUGAAAACAAGAUCAACCUAUACCAAUUUCUUAAUGACUUCAAAAACUUCAAAACAUACCUUAUUGUUUACGUGAAGAGACUCAGUGAACUGAACCUGAAGGAUCGACUUAUUGAGAUCUUUCAAGAGCUAUUCAUAGAUAUGAAUGGAAAGAUAUGCGGGGUUGAGAAGAAGCAUCUACUCGAAGAGUUGAUCCUAAGCUGCUCCAAACAGAGAGAGGUACAAAGAAUCUUGGUUCAAUACGGAGAGUCUAUUGGAUUGUUAGAGAACAAUCUACUAUGA